AUGCCCCCGUGCACAUCCGAUCUGGUCUCCACCGCAUCAGUAUUCGACGAUAUGGAAGCUGGACAACGGCUAAGGAACGGCGUUGAUCAACAAUCUGGGUUUUUCGGUACCGAACAGGCAUUCACGGCAGACUUAUCUCCGGCACAAAGUGUGCACAAGGAUACCGAAACGGUUCAGUCACAGCCCGGUCAUCCGUCCUCCCCGAACCCGACCAGUUCCUCGGAAUGUGGAAUAUCCCACUUCCUACCAUACCCAGAAGGCGUCUCUGUUCAGCAAACAGAUAUCCCGUCAGAAAAUUCCUCUCUCGAACAUAUGGAUGUGAAUCGAGGUGGAAACGCCCUGGAAAGUGCAGUGCCAACGCACAUGCAGCAUCUGGAUAUCUGUUGGGGCACCUCCGCUCAUGCAUCCGGCUGGCCAGCUGCUGAUGUGAUGCCGGACACUGCGCAGCUGCCUCUCUUCUGUAGGAACAUGGACGCAGAGUCGACUGACAUGUACAACGGUAGCACCAGCGAGAAAGGUUGCACGACGCGGACGUGUUGCACAGAAGAUGAGUUCCCUCUGGAAGGCGAGAAGCAAGAGGCCACCGAGGCCUAUUCUGAGAUGGCGAAGAAACUUCCCAAACUUGCAGGGGUUAUUUUCGAUCGCGUACAUGCUCGGUGGGUUUCAACAUAUCACGACAAAGAAACAAGGAAAGUCAUGCGCAAGUACUUUGGUGUCCGAAAGCAUGGCUUCGAACAAGCAUACAAAAUGGCGGUGCGACAUCGCAAGUUGAAAAUAAUGUCGAAGCAGACGGAGAACGACCCAGAAACCAGAGUAUCUGAUGGGCUGAGAAAUGAAAACCCCGACAUGUCGUUUAGAGAUACGGCGGGACUGGUGGAGGAAGAGACAGAUGCCAUCAACAAAAACGUGUGCUACGAGACUCUAUUCAAGACGCUACCUCGAGUCACUGGUGUUUCGUACGACUCCUACGCGAUGAAGUUCCGUGCAGGGUUUAUGUCAAAUGGCAAAUGGAAUGUCAAGGAUUUUCCCAUACGCAAAUACGGGACGUUUGCCGAGGCGUAUAGGCGCGCAGUGUCCUGUCGUUUGGGGAACUCGAGGACAGAAUUCUCUGGAAAAUGUGAUGGCUCCGCCAAGACAGCGGCGGUUGCUGAAGUAUCAGCUGCCCAUGCGUGA